CAAGGAAGGGGCAGCCGGGGCUUGGCUGGCUCUGCUGCUUCCUCUCUCGCUCACGCCAGCGGUCACGCCCAGCUGUGGCUGAUAGAGCUGGGCCUGACGAAGGCCUCGUCUGACGACGUCUCCACGGUCCUGCUUCUCCCUCUCAAGCCCCAGUGAACGGUUUUCCCUGAGUUGCUCUUGAUAAGAGCACUUGGGCUGAAGCCGGGCCCGUCCACAAGCGUGCACCCUGCCUGGCCCGCCCGUCACAGCCCAUCAUGAUGUGGGGGCUCCUGUUUGCUCUCGUGGGUGCGGCUGGAAUCAUUCUGGCCAAAGAUUUAGAAAAGGAAAAGCCAAAAUUAGCAGAAGAUUUUACUAUUCCUUACAUGGUGUAUCUGAGAUCCAGCCCAGAGCCCUGUGUGGGGUGUCUCAUUCACCCUGAGUGGGUGCUGACAGCUGCGCACUGCCCCCGGCCUGAUAAAAUAAGACUGGGAGUUUAUCAACCCAGCAUCAUAAAUAAGAAAGAGCAGACGCGAAAUUGCUCACUGACCAUCCCCCACCCUGCAUUCAACGCCCACACUCUGGAAAAUGACUUGAUGAUGAUAAAACUGUCCAAGGCCGCUGACCUCAAUGCCCACGUGGGAACCAUUGCCUUCGCCAUGGAGCCCCCAGCCUUUAACGAUUCCUGUUUUAUCCCAACCUGGACUUGGAACGACUUCAAAAACAUCAGCGACCCAGACAUCCUGACCUGGAUAAACGAACACAUCCUACCCGCCCACGAGUGCCAGAAUAAGCUCAAUAAAAACCUGGCCGCAUCCAUCAUGUGUGUGGGGAAACCCCUGAACAUCAUGUCUAAAAUCAAGUCCUUCUUUCUGCAGGAAGUGUCCGCCUCUCCAGCCAUCUGCAGUGGGCGAGUGCAUGGGAUCUUGUCCUGGGUCAAAGGAAGUGUCAUCCUGGGCAGUGAAGGAUUCUUCACCGAAGUCCCUCCCUAUGCAAGAUGGAUAUUGAAGAUCAUUAGUGCCCACUAAGACCUCUGUUCCUCCAUCCCUGCAGUGCAAUAGCCUCACGAAUCCAAAUGGAAAAUAUUCAAUUACAAAAAAUAUGGCACUAAGAACUCACCUUGUGACUCCUGCUCUCUCUGUCAUAUAAGCUGCAGGGCCAAUGAGAAAUUUAACAA